CAAAUCCAUCACCAAGUGUGAUAGUAUACUUGCGUUACCGUAAAGCUCGAUUCUCGAGCAGGCCCUUUGGGCUUGCUCUUCGAGUUCGCUAUUACAUGUCACUUGUUUGAUUGAUAUAGAAUUUGAUCUUCGUUGUUGCCGUGGGUUAUAUUCCAGGAAGUCAUCAGCGGAGACAGCCACCAGGUCAUAGACGAUCUUAUGUAGGAAUGCCAGGCGCUGGUCUCGUCGGCGCUCCUUUAAUGGUUUCCACUUCAGAAUGUGAGUAUUCCUUGAGAAAUCAUGUGAAUUAAAUCAGUCUACUUACCAACAGGACAAAUAAUACUAGAGACAAACUUUCCAGGAAAAUGUCAAAACUACCAAGAAAUGCUUUAUUAAAAGUCGUUCAUCAUACACACCGGGGAUUCACAACUUUCUGCAAAAGCAGUAAUAAUGAUCUAACCUACAGACAAUAUGUGGCAAUACGAAUUCUAGCACUGAAAACUGGGUCAGGCACUCAGAGCUCGAAGGUAUAUAGUAAUAGAAGUACAUCUUGUGGGCCAGGGACUCUGAGCUCCAGGGUUUAUAGUAAUAGCAGUACAUCUUCGACACAAGAUAUAACUAAUGAUAGUGUUACAGAAGAAAAGGAACAUGAUUUAGCAUUGUUUCCUGAUCCGAGUGACUUAAAUAAGUUUGUACCAGUAUGUGAGCCGGCACGAGAUGAAGAUUUUAAAAGAUUGCAGGAGUUUGUAAAUCACAGCAAGCGUUUACUUAUUCUCACAGGUGCAGGUAUCUCGACAGAGAGUGGUAUACCGGACUAUAGAUCUGAGGGUGUAGGUCUGUAUGCAAGAAGUACUAACAGACCUGUUCAGUAUCAGGACUUUGUCAAGGACCCAGAAAUAAGACAGAGGUACUGGGCUCGUAACUAUGUAGGCUGGCCCAAGUUUGGGUUUUUCCUGCCUAACAAAUCCCAUGUAGCUCUGGCCGAGUGGGAGAAGAAAGGUAAGGUCCACUGGUUGGUCACUCAGAAUGUAGAUGCUCUACAUUAUAAAGCUGGCAGUAAGAAAGUCACAGAACUUCAUGGCAGUGCACACAGAGUGAUGUGUCUAAGUUGUGAUCAUAAAAUGACACGUCCGGAGAUGCAGGUACUCAUAGAUUCAUAUAAUCCUAACUGGAGUGCACAGUCAGAUGAAAUAGCUCCUGAUGCUGACGUCCAACUUUCCCAGGAACAGAUCAAAGGCUUUAAGGUUCCACCUUGCCCAAGUUGUGGUGGCCCGUUGAAACCAGAGAUUACAUUUUUCGGUGACAAUGUAAUGAAGCCGAUUGUAGAGUUUAUACACGAGAAAGUGAAAGAGAGUGACAGUUUACUUUUUGUUGGAACCUCUUUACAGGUAUACUCUGGGUACAGAUUUGCAUUAGCUGCUAACGACCAAAGAAAACCAAUAGCAAUCCUAAAUAUAGGACCCACACGAGCGGACAAGCUGGCACGGUUACAGAUUCAUGCAAAAUGUGGUGAUAUUCUGCCCAAGAUUCGAGUCUGGAGAUGACACUGGACGAUCUUAGAUUUUUUUCGGAUAUCAUUUUAGAAACUUUUAACUAUAUUAGUUUAAAUCAAAGGCUUUUUUUUAUUUUAUGUUUUGAACAACAUCUCAUGGUCUGGAAAAUAUUGAAGACCAAAUCUGUAUUGAGAACUACAGAAAUGUUAGAACGAUUGUUGACAGUCAAUAUUUUUGCAGUAAAUAUAAAAUCACCUUGUACAUGUUCCUUUGAUGUAAAAGAAAACUUUCAAACGACAUUUUAUGGUCACAUGACUUUCUUGUAUAUGAGAUUGAGUGGAUUGAAAUAAUUAUUUCUGACACUUCUGUUAACUUUAUGCUUGAAAUGUUUGAAUUUUUCACUUGCUUUUGGCGAGUGGAUAAGCUUACACAAAACUGAGGCAAGAGCCAGAUUUCUGUCUGAACCUAGCACCUGUGAUAGAUUUUAGCUCAUCUUUUUUUUAAAGAAUAGGUAGAGCUAUUGCAUUCACCUACUUGUUAGCUUGCGACAGGAUUUGGUUAAGUUAUGUAAGCUGGUAUAUCAGAAAUGGAUUGAAAAUUCACAAACUUGUUCAUCGUGGUUAUCUGGAAUUAAAUGUAAAGGUUUAAUAAAUCUGCUUUUCGUUUUUACAAAGUCAUUACCCUUUCUUCGACUGACCAUUUUUUUGGUGAAGUUUUGUAUGCAAACAGGUACCUCUGUAACCCCUAUAGAGAAUAGAUUGAAACUUUACACACUUGUUAAGAGUGAUGAUCUGAUAUGUGUUGUCCAGGUUUAAUGACUUUUUUUUUUUACUUAACAAUUGUUUGGUAUAUCCAUCUUUUUUAGCAUCAGAAGCGGGGAAAAUUAUUGUCCCUUUUGAACUUGCUUACUGUGAAUGUCUUAAUAUACAUUGAAGCCUAAAUUUUAUUGAAGUAUGUUUGUGUCAGUCUACGAAACUAAUUCCUUACAAAUAAAUAUAAUUUCUAUUCAUUUUAUUUCCAAAAGUUUACAUCGAAAGAAGUCGUAUCCCUACAAAAUAUCUGUUUGGGUCAAAUCCGCAAAAUUUCAUGUCUGCGAAAUUCUAAGUUUUUACAGUAUGUCAAUCUCUUCGUUAUUUUAAUUCUUUUUGUUGAAAAGGACUUUGAAUAGUCAAGUGUUUCUUUCUUGAGACAGUUUUUGUUUUCCUUGCAUAACAUAUUCUACAAGUAACAGAUGAAAUAUGAUAAAGUAGAUGACUUUUUAAAGUUUUUUUUCUUACUGUAACAUGCCAGUAUAAAUUUACUGCAAUCAUCCAUAAGUCACAGCACAAAAUAUUAUCCUGCCAUACAGUGUGUAAGAAGUUUUUCAAUCACUAGUGAAAAUGUGGGAAGCUCCUGUGUGAUGUUCUUGGAAAUAUAUUUAGACAUAAAAAAUUACUGAACAAAUAUUUUCACCUGAAAGUAAGGGGACGAUUUUAAAACUGACUUGAAAGUUUUCAGUUUAAGCACUCCAUAGACCUGUAUUAUUCUUUAUAUAGUAUCACAUUUGAAAGAAAUUUCCAAAAUUAUGAUAAAAUAUAAACUAGAGUAAGAACUGGAUAUCUCAAUAUAUCUGGGUAUAUACAAAUAGACCAAACACCUAGGCUGCUGGUCUUAAGCUCUCAGUGACUUAACUAAGGUAGCAACAUUUGCUGUAGAUCUAGUGUAUUUUGGCAACAACCCCCGACUUGUUUCCUUCUAGGCAUGUCCCAGUAUAUAAAUAGAAUGACAGUCAGUUGAAACAUGCUUGUACAGUAAUUAGUGAUGUUGAACCAUAGGAGUAUAAGUGACAUUCACAGAAGAAUGUUUUUACAUAUGUAGAACUUCUUUCUUAAACAACAUAUGGAGAACUUCUCUCUGAAAUAAUAUUUCAUCAGUUUGCUUGUUUGUUUGAAAUAAAAGAAAUGCUCACUUUAA